AUGUGAAUCAGUAACAAAUGAUAGUUCGAGGAAUGACUCCUAGGUACUUGAUUGAUCAAAUUAACUUUGCUUGUGGUGUUCACCUUUAUACAACCAGAGAGAACAUGAGCAUGUACAUUUCUAAGCCUGCUAGAAUGUGUAUGAAUUCACUAUAUUUUGAAGGUUUCAAAGCAUUCAACGAAUUGCCUACGUACAUCAAAGAAUGUUCAACUCCUCAUAGAUUCAAGAAAGAGCUACUUGAAUUCAUUAACUUUGUUUUAGUAAAUUGUGCAUUUUGCGGAUUGAAGUUGUUUUCUUUUAAAAUGUAUUAAUUUAAAAAUAUCUAAUGCUAAGUGUUUACUAUUUUAAUGCCAUGUAUUUUCAAUGAUUGUGUGUAAUAGGGUUAUCCUAUUUUUAACUAAA